GAGCCUCGACGAGCCGGUUGGAAGCGAGAUUUUAGUUUAAUUCUGCUUGGGUGUGUGCGUGUUUAGUUUAAACGAAAUUGAAAGUUGUACACUUUACUACCCCCGAAAAAGCGAAGCACAGCAUAAAAUUGUGCGCUCAUACGCGCGCGUUUGCGACUGUGUGUGUGCGUGUGUGUGUGUGUAUGUGUAAACGCGAGCGUGUGUUUGCAUUAGUUUUUGUGUGUGUGUGCCACGCCACGCCACACCAACGGAAACCAACCCCCACCAACAACAGAAUAAAACAAGAAAACAACAACAAACAAGAAAAGUUAGCACCACCCACUCUUGGAAAACUGCCGCAUAGAGUUCAGCGUCAUCGUCAUCAACAUCACCGUCGCGCCGUAGCCGUUGUUGCCGUUUCAUCAUUGCCUGUGCUUGUGCCUGUGCCUGUGCCUGUCUCUGGUUUCGGCUUAAUAGCGAUCGGGGAUCGCGUUGUGUAAAUUGUGCAAAAUAUACAUACAUACAUAUAUCUACUAUAGUGUAACGGAUAAGUGAAGCAAACCGAUUUGAGAAUACAAGAUCUAUACAAGCUAUUUGCCGAGACGAGGCGAGACCCCCCCGCCGCCCGUCCCCAUCCCGCCGUGACAACCGAUAGCCGACCCGACAAACUGCUAUGAUGAAUUUCUCCGCGUUUGGUGGCCCGUUCUCUGGCAUACAUCAAUUUGCCGCUAAAUUUGAUGCACAAACGCCGGGUGCAUUUGGAACGCCGCCUGCGAACGCAGCAGCCGCUGCAGCCGCAGCAGGAUCCGAUAAUCAUGUACAGCGCUAUCAGACCAAUGGCAAUCAUUUUAAUCAGAAUGUGGCCAACGUUUCGGCAGCAAACAACAUGCAAUAUGGCCAGAAUAUAUCCAUACCGUACUCCUCACAGCCGCAGGGUGAUCUAAAUUUUCUGAAUGCAGCCGCUGCAGCCGAUCAUAAGGGUAAAAUCCAUCCAAAAAUCGAACGUGACCGGGAAGAAGUUCUCAACCAGCAGAUCUUACAGAAUGUCAAUCAGUCGUGGCAGACGCUGGCCAACACGGCCAACACUGUGGACUAUUCAUCGCACUUGCUUUCCGCAACACUGCCAAUCUCCAUACAGCACUUCCUCAAGUAUUCGGAGACCAUCAAGAAGGAAUCCUCCGGCGAUGUCCUGAAGAAUGGCACGAAUCUGGCCAGCCUGGCGCUGGGAGGCGUCGCCCUGACGCCCAGCAAUAACGGUGCGAACGGAGGCCACCACAAUGGCGGAUUGGUGGGCAUGGAGCACGGCGGGCACAUGACCAAUAUGACGGACGCGAAUGGCGCCGCGCUGACCAACGGCGCCAGCAAUGGCGUCAACGGUAAUGCCAAUGGAGCGGUCACCAACGGUGGAGCCGGGGCGGUGUCCAGCUCAGGGUCGGUGGGCACCACAAACGCGAGUGGGGGCACUACCACGGCCACUGGCAAGAAAACCAAAAAGAAGAAACCACCAAAGGAGAAGAAGCCGCGCCCGAAGCCAGGCGAGAUCCGAGAGACGAAAGCGCUGGACGGAUCCACGCUCUACUGCUGCCCCGAGUGUCAAAUGGCGUACCCAGACCGGAGUCUAAUCGAGCAGCACGUCAUCUCGCACGCCGUGGAGCGACGCUUCGUUUGCGACAUUUGCAAUGCGGCCCUCAAGCGCAAGGAUCACUUGACCAGGCACAAGCUGUCCCACAUACCGGACAGGCCUCAUGUGUGCAAUAUCUGCAUGAAGUCCUUCAAGCGCAAGGAGCAGCUCACUCUGCACAUUGUUAUCCAUUCCGGCGAGAAGAAACAUGUCUGCAUUGAGUGUGGAAAAGGUUUCUACCGCAAGGAUCACUUACGUAAGCAUACGCGCUCCCAUAUUGCCCGACGCGUCAAGUCCGAGGUAUCGGCGCAGAACGUAAACGGAUCCGGUGGCAACAAUGCACAGAGCAAUGCACUACAUGGUUCCUGAGGAUCGUACAAGGACUUUUGGUAAAUUCUCAAACAAAUUUCAAGCCAUAAAGGCGGCCCAGAUGUUGGCAGCACCCUGCUGAAGAAGCUUCUUCGUGAGGAUCGUACGGUGCUGGCAGCAGCUGUGCCGCCUUUGAAAUUUGUUAAAGAGUUUAUCGAAGGUCCUGCUGAGCGUCACCCAACUCCAACUCCCAUAACAAUAACAGAUAACCCUCUGAAUAAAAAAAAAACGAUGUUAUACUUA